AUGAAUCCUGUAGGUUUCUUGCCCCCUCCUCUCCCCUCGUCGACUCUCCUCUCCAGCUCUAGCUACACCUCCACCUCUACCUCCACCUCUACCUCUACCUCUACCUCUACCUCUACCUCUACCUCUACCUCUACCUUCGCAUCCAAAACCGUAUCCGCAUCUGCCUCCCACAUCGGAAAGCCUGCGCCACAUCUGAUCCCUCCUCCUCCUCCUCCUCCUCUUGCUGAGCCGGCGCAACAUGAUUUCCCUCGAGGAAGUCGACAGCAACCCGAGCUCCCCUUCUCCUCCCUCGUCUUCGUCUUCGUCUUCGUCCUCUUCACGUCGCUCCGGAAACUUAGGUUGCGCGAUCAGCCCCCCGGAAUUCUUUUCGAGUCUUCUAAUGACAUUCUGCUCGACUCGGACGAAUUUGGCAACAAUGUGGACGGCGAGAACGAUGGCGAUGUGGCCAUCAUCGAUCCCGAAGAUGACGCCCCUCGCGCCGACAACUUCGAGGCUAUGAAAGAACUUGUUCUCACACCCCUCCCCGAACUCCCCCCAACACGCGAAAUCGUGGUCGAUACGUGGGAUAUAACAGACUGGAAAAGCCUGCCUCGGAGGUCGCAUGGCCCGGUAUUCAUGGCGGGUGGACAUCCUUGGCGCGUGCUCAUGUUCCCAACCGGAAAUAACGUCGAUCAUGCGUCUUUCUACCUCGAACAGGGCUACCCGGAAGGCCAACUCCCGGAGAACUUCGCAUGCUGUGUUCAAUUUGCCCUCGUACUGUGGAAUCCGGACCACCCACACGUCUUCCAGACACAUACUGCUCACCACCGCUUCACGAAGGAGGAGGGCGACUGGGGCUUCACACGCUUCGUGGAGAUCAGAAAGCUGUGGCAGCAGCCGUGGGAUGCGUCGGGAGUCUGCUUGGCCGAUGGCCAGAAAGCCAAAAUGACGGCGUAUGUCAAAAUCGUCGAGGACGAGACGGGCGUGCUGUGGCACAACUUCAACAGCUAUGACUCGAAGCAAGAGACUGGAUUCGUUGGACUCAAGAACCAGGGAGCAACUUGCUACCUUAACUCACUGAUACAAUCCUUGUAUUUCACCAAUGCGUUCAGAAAGGCUGUCUACCAAAUACCUACACAAAACGAAGAAGCCCUCACAAACAGUGCAUAUACACUCCAGCGCCUCUUCUACCAACUCCAAAGCUCCACGCAGGCUGUGUCGACCAAUGAACUCACAAGAUCCUUUGGGUGGGAGACCAAGCAUAUAUUCGAACAGCAGGAUGUGCAAGAACUCUCGAGGAAACUCAUGGAACGGAUGGAGGAGAAGAUGAAAGGUACCGAAGCGGAGAAUGUGUUGCCGAGAUUGUUUUGUGGAAAGGUCCGGACCUACAUCUCGUGUAUCAAUGUUGACUACGAGUCUCGCCGCGUUGAGGACUACUGGGAUAUCCAACUGAACGUCAGCGGAAACAAAGACAUCGAAGCUAGCUUCAAAGACUACAUCCAAGUUGAGCUCAUGGAUGGCGAGAACCAGUAUAUGGCUGGGGAUACGUACAAGCUGCAGGACGCCAAGAAGGGUGUGAUCUUCGAGACCUUCCCGGAAGUGCUGCAUUUACAGCUGAAGCGCUUCCAGUACGACAUCGACCGCGACGCCAUGAUGAAGAUCAACGACCGCUACGAGUUCCCAGAGACAUUUGAUGCCGCUCCGUUCUUGUCUGAUGAUGCCGACAGGUCGGAAUCUUACGUCUAUCAACUCCAUGGCGUGCUCGUACACAGCGGAGACUUGAAUGCCGGGCACUACUACGCUUUCAUCAAGCCCAAUCCGGACGGGUGGUUCUACAAGUACGAUGAUGAUCGGGUCACGAAGGCGACCCUACGAGAGGUCUUGGAAGACAACUAUGGGGGCGAAUACCCCAUCCACAACGGCAUGAAAGCAAGAUCCAAACCUCUCAUGCGCCAGAACAGUGCAUACAUGUUGGUGUACAUCCGUCAAACACGCGUGCACGAUGUACUACUACCGGUCACGGGGGAUGACGUCCCGAACCAUCUGCAAAAGAGACUCGAUGAGGAGGCUGCAAAACGCCAGGCCCUUAAAAAAGAAAGAGAAGAGGCGCACUUGUACCUCAACGUCAGAGUCAUCACGGAUGAGACUUUCCUGCGCCAUGGUGGCACCGACUUGACGUGCUUCGAUCGUUCACCCCUUGAGGACCCGGCUGCUGCCAAGCAAUUCCGAUACCUCAGAAAAAAUACCUUGAGAGAUCUAGCCAUGACAGUCGCUGCCGAUGCCAAGGUUGAAGCUCGGAGGAUUCGCUUCUGGGGGAUGGUCAACAGACAAAAUAAGACAGUCCGCCCCGACACACCGUUCAACGAUAUGGACAUGAGCGUUGAGGACGCCUAUCAACGGAUGUCUGGCAACAAAGGGGCUGACAUGCGACUUUGGGCAGAACUUGCCGAAGAGCUGAAUAGUGAAGGAGAGCCGAUAUGGCCGUCCAGCCCGGGUGUCCAGGGCUCGCCCAAGAACGAUCUGAUUGUCUUGUUUCUGAAAGAAUUCAACGUCGAGCGUCAGACACUUUUCGGAGUGGGAUAUAUUUACAUCAGUCGGGAGAAGAAGGUCGAAGACCUCGUACCGGCUAUCUUGAAGAAAAUGCGCUGGCCUGACAAGAUGGCGAACGGCGAGAAAGUGCAGUUGAAGUUAUUCGAGGAAAUCAAGCCGUCUAUGAUCGAACCAAUGAAAGCCAAGCAGUCUCUGAAAGCUGCAGAGCUCCAAGACGGAGAUAUCGUGUGCUUCCAAUUGAGCACGAAAUCGGAUACCGACUCGGGUCAUUCCAUCACGUCGUCCGAAAGAAAUUCAGCGGGUUCACCAGCCCGUGGCGAUCUGUCCACGGUGUCUGACAGAAGCCCAUCGGGCUUGGCCAGAUUACCAUCUGUCUUCUCCACUAUGACCUCGCCGAACAAAUCCGAUGCAAACUCAAUGAUAACAUCAGAGUCACCGUCUGAACAAACCUCGAUAAGCACCGAUGCGAACUCGGCCAUUUCCUUGGAGGCAUCGCCCGAACGUACCCCCAAGUCGUCAAGACAGUAUUCUGACAGGAUCGAUGACGCCCGCGACUUCUAUGACUUCCUUCUCCACAGACGCGAAGUCAAAUUCUACCCCAACACGGCGCGGGACACGAGUGCUGAGAUUGAGCCCUUCCCUCUCGUCCUUAGCUCGAAGACUAGUUACGAUCAGAUAGCCUCAAGGGUCGGCGAACACCUCGGUCUCGAUCCCACUCAUCUCAGAUUUUGGACGAUCAAUGCAACCACUGGCAAACCGAAAACAGCUGUCAAACGCAGCGUGACCCAAACCCUGCAGACGAUACUCAGCCCCCCUUACAGCACCUACAGCAACAACAACCAACGGAACGACUCUCUGUUUUUCGAGAUUCUGGACAUGAGUCUUUCGGAACUUGAUACCAAGAGAUCCGUCAAGAUUGCUUGGAUAAGCGAAGGAAUAACCAAGACGGACGUCUACGACCUUCUCGUCCCCAAGAACGGAACCAUUGAGGAUCUCGCCACUGCUCUCGUCAAGAAGGCUGAGAUAGAGGACGAAGUCAAGGGUGGUCCGAUCCGAUUCUGGGAGGUUCACAGUAACAAGAUUCACAAGGAACUCAAUCGAGAGUCGGGUGUCGUCAGUAUUAACGAGUAUGCGAAUGUAAUUGCGGAGAGAAUUCCUGAGGACGAUGUCGACGCCGACGAGACAUCGGAGUUCAUGAUGGCAUUCCAUUUUCAGACCGAACCCAACAAGACCCACGGCGUCCCAUUCAAAUUCCGUCUCAUUCCGAAUGAGCCGUUUUCGGAAACAAAGAAGCGUCUGGAGAAGCGGACAGGUAUGAAGGGCAAGAACUUUGAGAAGAUCAAGUUUGCAGUGGUCAAGCGGGCUCAUUAUUCCAAGCCCCAGUAUCUCACCGAUGAAAUGAUCUUGGACGAAAUAGUCACCUCUGUGGAUGACUUACUCGGCUUAGACCACGUCGAUCGAACGCGCGCAAUCCGAAAUGGCGGGCAUGACUUAUUCUUGAAGUAG